AUGUCCCUCAGUGAGCGAGCACAAUUUAAGGCCGAGGUCGCCCAGGUCGAGCAGUGGUGGAAGGGCCCACGCUUCGCACUGGUGAAGCGCCCCUACACCGCCGAGCAGGUCGUCUCCAAGCGAGGAACCAUUCCGAUCUCAUACCCUUCAGAUAUCCAGGGAAAGAAGGCCUUCAAUCUCUUCUCGGAACACUUCAAGCGGGGGACACCCUCGCACACCUAUGGAGCCCUAGACCCCGUGCAGGUCACUCAGAUGGCCAAAUAUUUGGAGACAGUGUACGUCUCCGGAUGGCAGUCGUCUAGUACCGCGUCGAGCACGAACGAACCGGGUCCCGAUCUUGCCGAUUAUCCAUACAACACCGUACCUAACAAGGUUGAGCACCUUUUCAUGGCACAGCUCUUCCAUGACCGCAAACAGCGCGAAGCCCGCUCCCACCUCUCGGACGCUGAACUCGCCUCAACACCGAUCGUCGACUAUCUCCGACCCAUUAUUGCCGAUGCCGACACGGGACACGGUGGUACCUCGGCGGUUAUGAAGCUCACCAAACUGUUUGUUGAGAAAGGCGCCGCGGGCAUUCAUAUCGAGGACCAGGCGGCGGGGACAAAAAAGUGCGGACACAUGGCCGGAAAGGUCCUUGUACCAAUCCAGGAGCACAUCAACCGCCUCAUCGCCAUCCGGUUGCAGUUCGAUAUCAUGGGUGUUGAGAACCUCGUUGUUGCGCGGACGGACUCGGAGGCUGCGACGCUCAUCACAACGAACGUCGACGAGCGGGACCAUGCGUUCAUCCUCGGUGCCACAAACUCGUCUCUUCAGCCACUCGUGCGUGUCAUGAAGGAGGCUGAGGCGUCAGGGAAGACGGGCGAUGCGCUGCAAGCUGUCGAGGACGAAUGGGUCGCCCAGGCAGGACUACAGCUCUUCUCCGUUACACUCGCCGACGCGCUCAAGGCCCAGACAUCGGCCUCGCCAGCCAUUCUUGCCAAGUUUUCCGCCCGAAUCGCGCAUGCGGCCUACUCUGACGCUGUCAUCAUCGCCCAAAAGGAAUUCGGCCUCAAGACAGUACCUUUCUGGGACUGGGACUUGCCUCGCACGGUUGAGGGAUACUACCGCUACCAGGGCGGCACGCAGUGCGCUAUCAACCGCGCGAUCGCGUUCGCUGGGUACGCGGACCUGUUGUGGAUGGAGACCAAGAAGCCGAUCUUGGCCCAGGCGAAAGAGUUCGCAGACGGCGUGCACAGCGUGCACCCUCAGCAGUGGCUGGCGUACAACUUGAGCCCGAGUUUCAAUUGGGAUGCUGCUGGCCUCGGGCAGCAGGAUAUGAAGGACUACGUAUGGCAGUUGGGGAAGCUCGGCUUUGUGUGGCAGUUCAUCACGCUCGGAGGCCUGCACUCGAACGGGUACAUCUCGGACCUGUUCGCACAAGCCUACGCAAAGGAAGGCAUGAAGGCCUACGUGGAGCUUGUCCAGCGAAGAGAGCGCGAUCUCGGCACAGAUAUGCUCACUCACCAGAAGUGGAGCGGUGCCGACUAUGUCGACUCGUUGUUGAAGACCGUCACGGGCGGUGUAUCGUCGACAGCAGCGAUGGGGAAGGGUGUCACAGAGUCGCAGUUCUCCAAAACUAAGUUGUGAUCGUCGUAUGGACAUUGCCUAUUGUACAGUUUGUAGUCGAGCAUUUGAUUUUCUAUCGCACACGGAAAAAUAGCAUCAGUAGCAUUUCCU